CGAGCUGCACGUCACGUGACGGAGUGAAGGCCGGGGUGGAGUUAUCGAACGCACUCUCCUCUCCGAGGAAACGGGAUGCAGGCUAGCUCCGGUAACGGUUUCAUUUACGGUUAUUAUCCACUCCCGGGACGAUGACACAAAAUAACGUUACCCACCGGACGUCAGAAUCAGCCCGAGCUAACGGAAACCGGAGACGCUGUUUGGCGGGAAGCCCGGCUGUGUGUCGGUUUGUUGUUUAGGUUAGCUGCCGCGCUAGCUCGCUACUAGCUAGCAGCCUGCUUCUGUUAACGGUUCGCUGGGAGUUAGCCUCGGAGGAGGCAGCUAACCGCGGCCCGGUUAAAGUCACGUUAAAUCUCCCCCGGGACGUUCCCCACAACGAUGGACGGAGACGCGCGGCUGUAGGAGCAACGACGCCGGGUAAACGUGCAGGAUGCGCUAGCGGAUGUAGUUAGCAUCAGGCCUGAACACCAGCACGCCUCCUUGCUUCCUUUCCUCCCUCCUUCCUCCCUCGCUACCACAGGAGCACAGACUCUCCUCUCCCGUGAUCAGGAUGGAGUCAGCCCUGAAUGCCCUGCCGCAGUUCCCGGAAAACACCUACAAGAUGACUGAGGAGGACGUGAAGAGGCUGAUCGAGUUCAGGGCGUCCAACGAGGCUCUGUUCACCGGGAAAAGAAACUCUGCCAAGAUAGCGUGGAGCACCAUCUUGAAGGGCCUCGGCCUCGAAGGGAAGCUGACCGCAGACCAGAUCGCCAAGAAGUGGGACAACCUGCGGACAAAAUACAAGGACCUGAAGCAGCCCUACCAGGGCCAGGACAACAUCGGGGGGGUCGUAGAGUCGUGGCCCUGGUUCCACAUCAUGGACGAAGCCAUGCAGGGUCGCCUCUACAACAGCAACCUGGUGCUGAGCCCGGAGACCGCCGCCGGUGCCGGUCACCGGGGGACCAGCCAGCACAACCAGAGCCAGGAGAACACCGACAUCCUGGAGUUCCUCAUCAAGACGGAGAUGGAGGACACGGUGGCAGCAGAAACCGCAGAGGAUGAUGGGAUGGCUCACACGGAGGCGCCUCCUGCUGAGGGAGUCCCGAUGGGCUGGAGGAGGAUGAGCGAGUGCUCCUAUAAAAUGACCGAACCAGAAACUGAAAGAAUGAUCAAACUUCGAGCUGCGAACGAAGCUCUCUUCACCGGCAGGAAACAUUCGGCCAAACCGGCUUGGAGAGCCAUUCUUUAUGAGCUGGGCCUUCAGGGGAAGCUGACCACAGAUCAGUUAGCAAAGAAGUGGGACAACCUGAAGAGGAGAUACAAGGAGUUGAAGUUUCCUGCUCGCGGCGUGGAGACGAACCCGAGCUCCUGGCCCUGGUUUUACCGAAUGAACGACGCCAUGGAGGGACGAUUCGCCGGGGCGGCGCCCAUCCUCACGCCCAUCGUGGAGGACGAAGACGAGGAUUGUGAGCCCCUGUCGCCAACGCCCAAGAAACGAGCACGCCGGAGCCGAGGGGGAAUGGCCGAGUUCCUGACGGAGUCGGAGAUGGACCUGCUGGUUGAUAACGAAGAGAAGAACGGGUCCUCGGCUCUGGGAGAUCUGCACCGCAUGGCCGAGUUCACAUACAAAUUGACAGAGGAAGACACCAGGAGACUAAUUGAGUUACGAGCUGCGAACGAGUCUCUGUUUACUGGGAGGAGGAACACCGCCAAGCCGGCCUGGAGGGGAAUAGUGAAGGAGAUGGGUCUGACGGGGAAGAUAACACCUGACCAGGUCGCCAAGAAGUGGGACAACCUGAAGACCAAAUUCAAGGACCUGAAGUUUCCUCCUCGGGGGAUGGAGGGCCAGACUAACCCGGCCUCCUGGCCCUGGUUCCAGCUGAUGAGCGACGCUCUGGAGGGACGGCUGUUGGGAAAAGCUCCCAGAGUGACGCCCGUCUGGAGCAGCGAGGAGGACGGCGUCUUCGGCUCGUCGCCGCCUCCCGACAGAGACUGUUUGCUGGCAGAGAGGAGCAGCGUGUCGGAGCUGGAGAGCAUGGUGGGGGGGGACGCCGCCGAGGCUGAUGGGAACGUUACCUACAUCGACGCCAGUGGGGAGGAGUGUUCGACGCCCUCAGACCUGUCCUAUAAAAUGUCAGACCAGGACACCCGGAGGAUGAUUAAACUGCGAGCUUCUAACGAGUCGUUGUUCACCGGGAGGAGAAACGCUGCCAAAGCUGCGUGGAAGGCCAUCCUGAAGGAGCUCGGGCUGCAGGGGAAAGUCUCAACCUACCAGAUGGCAAAGAAGUGGGACAAUCUGAAGAGGAGAUACAAGGAUCUGAAGUACCCUCCUGUUGGGAUGGAGAGCGUAGCGGACGGCACCUCCUCCUGGCCGUGGUUUCACCUGAUGAAUGAGGCCAUGGAGGGCCGUCUGGCGAGCAGCGCCCCCCUUCUCACCCCCGUCACUCAGGAUGACGAGCAGCACCCUGACCCCGCCCCGAAACACAAGUCCCGCCCCGCCCCUCCGCCCCCCACCUCCUCAUCAGACUACGGACAGGAGCCGUUUGACGCCGCCGCCACCGCCGAGCAGAACCAGCAGCGAAGCUCGGAGGCGUGCGACGGGCCGCUGGGAGGACUGGAGCGGGAGUGGGAGAUGGUGGAGCGGGAGAGGGCGGCGAUGGAGCGGGAGAGGGAGAUGGUGGAGCGAGAGAGGGCGGCGGUGGAGAGAGAGAGGGCGGCGGUGCAGGCGGAGAGGCUGUGGCUGGAGAGGGAGAGGGCGGCGGUGGAGCGGGACCGAGCCAUGGUGGAGCAGGAGAGAGCGACGCUGGGCCGAGAGAGGGAGGUGCUGGACCAGAGAGCCUUGAUGCUGAACUCUGUAGGACACUCCGGACACCUCAACGCCCUCAUGUAGGCCGCCGCGCUCUGGGGAUGUAGACCGUCCCUGUAGAGACAUGCUGGUCUGUCGUGGUCUGGACCUUCAGGAGGGAACCACGCUGACAGACGGGCCACAGAGGAGACCCGGUGCACCCGCUGAGGUCAAAGCCACGUUUUGGAUGUAGAGACGUGGCUGUAGGUCUUCCACACAGAGCCGGGGGGGGGCGGGGGGGACGGGUCCCGGAGAGCACCCGGGGACGUAGACCAGUUUAGCAGGAGGGCUGCACAAUCAGGAUCACAUGAUCUCAAUCAGGAUAUUUAAUGUGUGAUUUGGAUUUUUUAAGUGUUACUGGAAGAUAUUUGAAGUUUUAAAAGAUCCAAUAAAUCGUUUUGUUUUUUUAUCAGAAAUGAUUAAUACAGAUUCCUACAGUUUGUUUGUUUUUACGACACAGAGACGUUUCAGCUCCACACUGACACAGAUAUAUUUUGGAGGUCUAGCUCUGGUCUCCUGACCUGAGGGGGGGGUAGUUACUCACCUGUAGAAUCUGUCGAUUACUGAGGCGGCGUAAAGCGUCCGAUACGCUCCAACAGAAGCUCAUCAGGCGGUCGAACUGCGUCUGAAUGCCGCCCGCACCUUUCAGACGCCAGAGUCCACCUCCAGAAAUGUGAAACGUGGCGGUCUCUGAGUUGAUGGGUGGCUCCUUGGCGGAUGGUACCUCCACCCAAGUAGUCACCGGCGAGUGACGAGUAAUGUUUAGAUCCUGUUUGAAUUGUGACCUGAAUUACACACACGUGAUGUUUGUCAGUUUAAAAGAUCAGAAGUUUGUCGUAAAACUAAAAAGUAAAGUAUCAGUGAAACCUCAGAAGAAACUGUGAUCUUGUGUCGAUGAAACACCUUUUUAUGUUUCUAUGAAACCACACAAAAAUGUCACACUUGAAACUAAUGGGGGGAAACGGUGUUCAGAUUUCAGGUUGCAUUCGAACGCCUCUAAACGUUUGUUCCAGAUGAGGGCGCCUUAACGCCGCUGCUCAGAGAGCGUGUUGUCUGGUUUAUAUGUGAUAACACGUGGACGCUCUCUGAAGAGGAGACAAACGAUAGAACCUGCAGUUACUCUCUCUGCCCACAAGGUGGACCGAUUGAACUGCUUAAAUAACCAUUCAAGAGUUUUUCUUAUCGCUCAACAGGAAUCAAGUCCUUCCCACUUUCUAACCUUUCUAUUUGGCGUCCUGCUGUGUCGACAUCAUUAAUAUGCUGCGGCCAGUUUGAUUUGAAAUCACUGCAUGUAGUACUUCAAGUAUUUGUAUAUUACGACAUCAAGCUGAAGGCAGUUUACUCUUUCUGAUCCUGCCUAUUCUCUUUUCCUCCACUUUACGUUAAUGCAUCAAACUGAUUCCAUCGCUCUUCAGUGUGUAAAGUAACACGAGGAUGAAACCAAACAUCACUUCUUCACCAAAACACACAACACAAACCACUGAGCUGAGAUUUGAAGAGUCAGAGCGUAAAAAAACAAAAAUACAAAGCAAAAUACUGAUUAAUGAUUGUGCAGCUCUACCUGUUUAGACCUCCGGGGGUGGAGACUGACCUCCGGGGUUGGAGGCCACUUUGCACUGAUGUAGAAAGUCAAACAUAAGCAGUUUGUAUUGGACCUGAAUCUGCAUUAAAAUCCUCUUGUUCACGUGUUUCCCACGCAGGAUUUAUUUGGGCGGCCGACCCCCUUGUUGGUAAUUAUUUUAACAUCUUUGUGUUAUUUUUAUGAAAAAGUGGCGAUGGCGGUCGGUUUGUCAAACCCAGGAGGAGCUUUAACAUCACGUCCUGCUGUCCUGAAGAGACGCUUCGAACAUAAAACCAAAAACGAUUCAAGUCUUGUUUCCUGAUCCAAACAGAGACAGAUGAUGUGUGUCAUCACGUCAUCGGUUUUAUUUAUUUGUAUCGAUCUUACGUUGCAUAGUUUUAUAUUAAUUUUAUAUUUUCUGAUAAAUCAGGAGCAGGACAGAACUUUUUGUUUUUGCGUCGCACGUUUCAAACUUCCAGCAGUGUCACAGCAUGAGGAUCACAUCUGCUGGAGAUUUCAAAAGUAAAAAGUGUUUCUGCCUUAAACUACCAGUGUUAAUGUGAUAUUACUUCCCGUUGCUUCUCGCUGUAGUGAUGUUUUUAAAAAAGAAAUGUUUUAUACGUUAAGCCACAGCCGGAACGAUCAGUAGGUUAAUCAGAUAGUUGAUCAACAAAAAAAGCAGCAGCUGUUUUGAUGAUAAUUGAACUCGUGUUUCAAGCACAAAUAUCCAGAAUUCCCCAGUUUCAGCGUCUCAGUUGUGAGGAUUUCCAUCAGUCAGUCCAAAAACAUUCAGUCUUCUAGAAUUUGCCAUCUGAGGAAAACAUUAGCUUUGGUCCCUGGAGGCCACAUUUUAUACACACACGUUUAUAUUUCACAGCUUCUCACCUGAGAGACUGAACAGGUAAAGGUUCUCCUGAGGGAUAAAAAGCCGAGACAUACGUGAAACACACGUGUAGAAGUGCAGAAUCCAUCUGCUAAAUGUUGGGUGGUGAUGGUGCAGUGGAUAAGACACAUGCCUUUGGUGUGAGAGAGCCGGGUUCAACUCCCACUGUGACACGUCCCUGAGCACUUUGGAUGAAAGCGUCAGCUAAACACGUAAAACCUCUAAAUGAACUGAAGACAAUGAAGUUGGGGCCGGUUAUCUCACCUUAUCGCAGCACUUUGUGUGAAGUGAACUUGUUUGUUCAAAUAAAACCGAGAUAAAUAAGCAAAAAGCAUUAAACUUCUGAUGGAAAUCUCUUCUGUAGUGAGGGACCCUCGCGUCCUUGCGAGACAUUCAGGGUUCAUCUGUUUUGUGGGAAAUGUGACGCGUGCAGCAGCAAAGCCUAAAACAUUUUUGGUGGUUUUGCUGUCGGACUCCUGGUUUUUGAUUUGGAGUAUUAAUCAGCUUUAAAAUGAUUUAAAGAAUAAUUCAGUCUGAAUCUCUGCGUCAGGGUUCACCUGCUUCGCUCCACGAGGUCGGCCGCCACAGUAAACCCUCUUCCUGUUGGAAACACUGCCGCCUGAUGGACUCUGCUUCAUUAACCCUUCGCAGACUCGAGCUGCAGACGCUCCCCUGAGCUCAGCUCGAGGCCCUCAGGCCGGAGCUGUACAUUCGAUCUUCCCUGUGAAUGCAAUAACGUGUCGUCUUCAUCCAGCCGAGCUCUGAAUGUGUGUAAAGCGUCCGGUGGUUCCUGUGAAAUGUUUUGUCGUUUGAACGCAGCAGUAUUUUCCGUUGUUUUGUCGCUAACACCAGAUGAUUGUCUGCAGACUGAUCUUUAACCAAAGCUCAUCGAUUUGUUUGUAAAUCUAUUUUUCAAGAAACGCCUGAUGACAUGUUCCUGUUGUAGCCUUCAAUAAACGGACCAGAACCACCUACUGAUGCUGGGGGUGAUGGGGUGAUGAAAAA